UGUGAACACUCAUAUAUAGUUACAACUUAACCAUUUAAUGUAAUAUUUAUCUUCGUUGAAUCUAUGUCAGAUGCAAAUGGCUUUCCGAAGGGGAAAUUGCAAGCAAAGGAAAUGGCAAGCACAUCAAAUGAAAGGGAUGAGAAUUAUCUGAGGCAUACUGCCAGUAACGAUGAAAGGUGUUACGUUAACGACGCCUUUCAAGCAACCGAAGAAACGGCUUUAUCAAGAUUAAACAAUGUCAUAGUAAAACAAAAUAGUGGACAGGCUUCUGGUAUUGAAAAGCACUUGGAUGAUGUUAUUACAAAUAACCUGUGCAAAGACAGUUGCAAUUUCGUUGAAAAUAAAAAAGAAAAUAUCAAUCUGGCUGAAAAAGUCGAAGAAAAUAUCAGUACUGGCAACAGCAAACAAGGGAAAACCAAACAAUGUUCUACAGAUAAUCCAGGAAGAGAUACUGAUGUCUUUGACACAGUCAAAACUGAUCUUUAUUGUGAAAAUCUAAACAAUGGAAAUAUCAUAACUGUGAAAAAUAUCAAUUUAAAAAGGAGUCUAUCAUUUGGUGACAAACCAACUAAACGAAAAAGGAAGGAAGAAAAGUCAGUAAAAACAUUGGAUGAAGCGACAUAUGAUAGACCGUUAUUUUACAACGAGACAGAACAAAGUUCCUCCACUGACUCAGCUUUUUCAGGCGAUUCCUGGAGACUUCCAAUUGAUGAAUUCACCUCCAAACGUCAGGGUUCCAAACGAAAACACAGAAAAGUUUCCAAACAGAUGAGAUCGCUCUAUAAAAAGCAAGACGAACUUAUUGAUGACUACUCUCAGCUCAGAGAGAAAUUUGGCCGGUCAUUUUACAAGAGUCAAGACGAUCUCAUAACGCAAUAUGAAGAAAUUCGCCUAGAUUUGGACGAUGCCACGGAGAAUGCUGAAAUGGAGAGACAACUGAGGGAAAAGGCCAGCUUAUAUGCCAAGGCUACCUUCGCUAUCAACUUUGUGUUGCUAAUCAUAAAAGUGGUUGCUGUAGUUCUGUCGGGGUCUGUAUCCUUGAUAUCAAGUCUUGUUGACAGCUCCGUGGAUCUUCUAUCAGGCAUCGUGAUAUGGGUCACUGCAAGGGCGGUAAAAAAGACCGACAGAUACUCUUAUCCACAAGGUAGGACGAAACUGGAACCGGUGUCUAUUGUUAUUCUGGCUGUAAUUAUGUCCGUAGCGUCGCUUCAAAUUAUCAAAGAGUCAUUCGCUAAAAUAUUUGGUUUGAUCGACAAUUCUCAGUCGCCCCCAAAUAUGGACUGGGCUACAAUAGGCAUUGCCAGUGCUACUGUUGUGAUUAAAUUCAUUCUGUACAUAUUUUGUCGUCGUGUGAAGCAUCCCACCGUGCAGGCAUUAGCACUUGACCACAGAAAUGAUGUUCUUUCCAACUUCAUCGCUAUUGUUUUUGGUUACCUUGGUUCUCGGGAAAUGCAGACUCAGGUGGACUCCCCUGACCUAGUUUAUAUUGAUCCCAUUGGUGCUAUUAUAAUCAGUAUUUACAUCAUUGCAAACUGGGUCAUCACAGGAUGGGACCAAAUAAAAUUGCUAAUCGGUCAUACGGCUACCUCAGCCUUUAUUAGCAAAAUUACAUGGAUCUGUGUCGAUCAUCACAAGAAAAUUGAAAAAGUUGAAACAGUGAGAGCAUUUCACUUCGGGUACAGCUUUCUUGUCGAGGUUGACAUAGUACUUCCACCGGAAAUGACGUUGAGGGAAUCGCACGAUAUUGCUGAGCCUCUUCAACAGAAGCUUGAAAAACUUCCAAAUGUGGAAAGAGCUUUUGUUCACGUUGAUUAUGAAGCAACGCAUGAUCCGAAAUCUGAGCACAAAGUAGUGUAAGGGAUAUGCAACAGUUGUCGGAGUUAAUAAAGACAAUGACAGAUGUAUAUUUAAGUAAUUAAGAAUCUGAUUAAAAUGUUAUAUAUCAUUAUCGCAUAAAACAUAUGUUUAUCAUUUCUUAUUUGAUAUAUGUGGGGAAGUUGGCACUUACUUGCGGAGAACAGGUUUGUACUGGUACAGAAUCCAGGAACACUGGUUAGGUUAACUGCCCGCCGUUACAUAACUGAAAUACUGUUGAAAAAAGGCGUUAAACCCGAAACAAACAAACAAAUGACCUCUGUAUAAGCUUAAUUAUGUCAUUUGAAAUGAAAUAGAUUCGUUGGGGUUGUGAAGAAAUAGUAUGAUGCAUAUCUGCAAGUUUUACAUUUUGUACAUUUUGAAAUUAAAGGUAGUUGAAAGAAAUUAUCCAUUUUGAAUCUCAAGCUGGAGGGAUAACUUAUCUGUUAACUGUUUAUAUCUUUUAGACUUUAAUACAUUGUUUUCUUUCAAUCAUUUCCUUCUAUUUCGGAACAAAUGUUCAACAGAUUUAUCAUCUAAAUACAUGUUUAGGAUGGCGGCAAAGACCUUUGCAAUGAAUUAUUAGGUACAUACUGCAGAAUGGUAUUGAUAUUUAAACAAAGAGCAAUAUACGUACUCAGUAGUGUUUUAUGUAUAUACAAUCAAAAGAUUGUCUCGCAUUUGGACCUUAUAAUAUUAAAAAGCGUAAAAUGUAAGCUAUCGAAUGCAUUAGUCAUGCACAAAUGUAGCGUAAAAAUCGAUUCAAAUUAGUGAAUGUCUGAAAACCUCCACUAUUAAGCCGAAGAAUUCUUUAAGUUCCGUCAAACUUCUUUCUUAAAGGUGGUUUGAAUUCACCUUUGAGGGUCGUAUACGACCAGGUAGUCAAACUACGAUUACGACUCUUUAAUGAGUCGUAUGAUGACGAAUAAAAAAAAAAAUGUU